AUUGAUAUGAAUAUUUGUAAUAAAUCUGGGAAACUUUUCAUACUUCCUUCAUUACUUAUACAUCAAAAAACACCUAUUAGUGAAAAGCCUCACAAAUGUAAUGAUUGUAGGAAGGCCUUUAGAGAAAGCUCAGACCUCACUAGUCAUGAGAGAAUUCAUUUUGGGCAGAGGGCUUACAAAUGUAAUGAGUGUGGCAAAGCCUUUUCCCAAUUUGCAAAACUGACUAGGCAUCAGAGAAUCCAUACCAGUGAAAAACCAUAUACGUGUAAUAUAUGUGGCAAGGGUUGUAGGCAAAGUUUAAAUCUUGCAUGGCAUCAGAAAAUUCAUACUGGAGAGAAACCUUACAAAUGUAAUGAAUGUGGCAAAGUCUUUUCUGAGGAUUCAAGCCUUACUCAAUAUAGGAGAAUUCAUACUGGAAAGAAACCUUAUAAAUGUAAUCAUUGUGGGAAGACUUUUAGAGGAAGCUCAAAUCUCACCAAUCAUUCUGGGCAGAGACCUUACAAAUGUAAUCAGUGUGACAAAUCCUUUAACCGGAUCUCACAUCUCACUAGACACCAGAGAAUCCAUAUUGGAGAGAAACCAUAUAAAUAUAAUGCAUGUGACAAGGUCUGUAGUCAACAUUCAAAUCUUAUAAUUCAUCAGAGAGUUCAUACUGGAGAGAAACCUUACAAAUGUAAUGAGUGUGGCAAAGCCUUCAUGGAGCAUUCAAGCCUUACUCAACAUAAGAGAAUUCAUAGUGGAGAAAAGCCUUAUAAAUGUAAGGAAUGUGGACCAGUCCUCUAACCUUGUCAAACAUCAGAUAAUUCAUACUGGAGAGAAGCCUUAUAAGUGUAAUGAGUGUGGCAAAGCCUUUAAUGUGUGUUUAAGCCUUACCUGACAUCAAAGAAUCCAUACUGGGGAGAAGCCUUACAAAUGUAAUGAAUGUGACAAGGCAAAUCUUACUAGACAUCAGAAAAUGCAUACUGAAAAGAAACAUUGUAAACCUAAUAUAUGUGGAAAUGCUUUUUUUUUUUAAAGAUUUCAUUCAUUUGACAGAGAUCACAAGUAGGCAUAGAGAGAGGAAGCAGGC